AUGGCAUUUGUUCCACUAGAAGAAGAAGAGGAGGAGGAAGAUACAGAAUUUCUGGUACCCAAGUUCCAGAGCCAGCCCAGCGAUGCAGUACGCAUCUUUUGUGGCCCAAAUGUAGGAUUGGUGUGGCCGUGGAAAGCUCACUCAAUUAAUGAUAAUUUGGUAGUCCGUGGGUGCAAGCUUCGGGGCCAUUAUUGGCCCACCAAUUAUAAGCAGCUACAGGAGGACCUGGACAACAAUCGUGGAAUCCAGCAGGCACUGGCUACGCAGCAGGCACUGCUGGAGGGCAUGCUGUGGGAGGUGCAGGAAUUCUGCAAGGAGCAUCACUGGAUAACAGAUAUUUAUGAGUUUGUACAAGCCUGGGGACCUCAGAAACUGGAGGGCAUGAAAGACUGUCCUGUCAAGAAUUAUGUGAUGCUGGUGAGUCACCUGAACGCGUGGCAGGCCCGUGUCUCCACGAUGCCUGUCGAAUUGCUCACAAAAGGCAAGCUGCUGCUGCUGAGCUGCAAUGAUGUGCAGGAAGAGUUAAAAUCCAAACUAGACCACAUGAGGAAGGACAUUUUUGCACAGGUGCAGAAUGAGUGCUGGAGCCGCAGUCAGCAACUCAUGACAGAGCUCACAAAUUUCAUACAGGUCUUCCAAACCAUCAACUCCGACAUUCACACCAUUGCACAGUGCUCCCAAAAGCUGAAUGAAGCCAAUGAACAGUACGUUCACUUGGAGGAGCGAGUGGAAUACAUCCAGUCCCUCCAUGAACUCAUCCGCAUCCACUUCAGCCUCUUUACUGCUGAGAGUGAGGCCCUGGAGAAUUCGCUUCUAAGUGUGUGGGAGUCAUUUCAGUCUGAAAAAAGCCAGGCCUCAGAGUUCCUGCUUAGCAAGCGACAUGUCAUUGUGCCCAAGCUGCAGCAGCUGAUGGCUGCAGCGCUGGCAGAGCUGGAGAACCUGAUUGAAAAAGCUUUGUCUGGUCCUUUCAUGGACCCUACGCAAGAGCAGAGGAGCACUGAACGGCAGCUCAUCGCCCUGGAACGUCGAUUCCAGAGCACCGUCAGUCAUCUCAAUGAACUGCACUACGCCUACACCGCCUUCACUGGGGAUGAGAAGCCUUUACCUUUGCCCAUUUGUGGGACCCGUCCAAUCGUGCAGCAGCAGCGCAUCUGGCACCUGUACCGGGUCAUCUCUGAGAAUAUCAGUGAGUGGAAGUGCAUGGCUUUUGCUAAGUUCAAUCUGGCGAUGGCCCAGGAGAAGACAGAAGGCUGGCUGACAGAGGCAGCACGGAUGAGCACAACCCUGGGGAUGCACAGCCCAGUGCUGCAGCGCUGCAUGCGCAUGCUGGAAGAGUUUCGCAGCUACCUGCCACUGCUCCUCAAGCUGAGCAGCCUCCCACUGCAGAGCAUCAGCUACCAAUCCCUUCUCCGAGGUGUGUUUGCCGAGAGUCAGAGAGGAAGGGAAGGGGAAGGACAGCUCCAUUCCCAACUACCGCUGGAAACACUCUCCCUUCUGGUUGUUCCUUCCCCUUCCCCACAUGCCAUAACUUUCUCCCACAGGGACCAGCCUUUUUCAUCUCUGUGUCAGGUCUUCUCUGCUGUUAGGGGCUGGACUUGAGCUGCAUUCUCCAGCAUCUGAGUUUUCAGUUGAGCAUUCUGAGUUCUCAGCUUUGUGUUGUAUUCUGACAACUGUAGUGUGAAGUCUGAUUUAAGCUUGAAUGGGCCCUGGGUCCUAGAUUUGGGCUCUGGGCUCCAGGGGGAACUGAGCUCUGGAAUAUGGGCUGGACUGUCAUGCAAACAACAUGUUAUUCUGACUUGUCUGUUCUACCUCCAGCAUUGGGACUGGGCAGCGUCC